CAAGGCGACAAGAUCACGAACAGUUCUUGAUGUUGUUCGAUCUUUUGCGGAGUUCAAGUGUUUCGCUCGUUCAGAUGUUUUACGACCAACAUCUACUACGAUCCCCUGGAUUCAUUUAUCUUUCCUCAUGCAAAAUAUCCAAUUCGACCAAUCAAAGCAGGAACGGUCAUCAUCUCCCAAUCUCGUUUCGCCGAUCUACUUACCGGAUGGUGGUAUAAUUAGCACGAAUGCCAUCGUCUUACGUCCACCAAGUUCGCCUCUCACCCACGCCUAUUCUCUACCAAUAUGACCGUAGUCUCCAAUGAUCCCACUUGGUGGUCGUCCAUCAAUGCAUAUAGUUUGAGCAGCUAUUUUGUAGUCGCCGCCUUUGCUGCAGUGAUGUAUGAUUGGUCACUUACAUUCGGACAAGAGGUGGAAUUGAUCUGGAGACAACGAUGGUCCCUAAUGACAGUUAUGUAUCUCAGUGCGCGUUACCUUGGAAUGUUAUACGCUGCCCUGGCCAUUCUGGUGUGUGUUCCGACCAUCUCGCUGACAGAUACAGUGAGCUAUAUUAUGUUCACUAUAUGGAAUUGGAUAGGUGUUGUGGUAUUUGCGCUGCUAUGGGUCAUCAUCAUCACUCGGUUGCAUGCCAUGUAUCAAGGAUCCAGAAAGGUCCUGAUAUUUCUCGUUGUCACCUUCCUGGCUAUCAACACUUUCGAUGUAGUGGCCUCCAUAAUCACAACGAUGCAUACUUCAGGGGAGGAACACAUUCUCUCUGGCACUUAUCAGUGCCAGACUAGUAACUAUACGGGAGAUCUCAUACUUAUAACUUCCAUUGCUUGGAUACUCGGAACUGUGUGGGAAGUCAUCGCACUAUGUCUCGCAGUCUGGAUUGUGGUAAAACACUUCCGUGAAUUGCGACAACAUUCGACAGGAGGGAUUAUGGAGGACUGUUUCACGGUGUUGAUGAAAACUCACGUGCUUUACUUUGCGAGCUUUGUUGCUGUUUCUUGCUUUGAGAUGAUUGUUAAUUUUUCUCCAACAUUAUCAAUGGCCAUUUCCCUGGACGCUCAGAUUAUUUAUGGGUUUCUUCAGAUUUCGCAGGUCGUGCAGAUGUUUGUGUUGGGACCGCGCCUGAUUCUUGGUAUUCGGGAAUACCACGCCAAGCUCGUGGCCGAUUCUGAUGUAGCGACUGGUAUGACCUCAAUUGCUUUCCAGGAGCGCGUGCAUAUAUCGACCGGCAGUGGUGUGUGA